AUGGUUGAAGCUCAAGUGGCUACUUCUCGUGAAGCUGAAGUCAACAGACCAGAAAACACAAAAAGAAGCUAUGCUUCUAAGCAAAAGGAGUACAGAGAUUGGUGUGACAAAACCUUCCCAAGCAUUUAUUCUGAGAAUCGCUACACUGUAUAUGGAGAUAAACUCCAUUUGUUUCUUAAAGAUUGUAUUGUCAACCAAACCCACAGAUGA